GUUCAGAGAAACUGAAACUGAUUUCGGGCUGUUGUGUGUUUAGUUUUAUUGUUUGUAAGUAAAUACGGUGAAAUGGCAGAAUCCAGUAUUUUAGUGGUUCAGGAUCAGUUUAUCUGUUCAAUCUGUCUGGAUCUAUUAAAGGAUCCAGUGACCAUUCCCUGUGGACACAGUUACUGUAUGAGCUGUAUUACAAACUGCUGGGAUCAAGAUGAUCAGAAGAGAGACUACAGCUGCCCUCAAUGCAGACAGACCUUCACUACAAGACCUGUUUUAAAUAAAAGCACCAUGCUGGCUGAAGUGGUGGACAAACUGAAGAAGACUAAACGGAAAGCUGCUCAUCCUGAUCACUGUUAUGCUGAAACUGGAGAUGUGGAGUGUGACGUCUGUACUGAGAGAAAACACAAAGCUGUCAAGUCCUGUCUGGUGUGUCUGAACUCUUACUGUCAAAAUCAUCUUGAACAACAUGAGAAAUUCUUCAAAGGCAAGAAACACAACCUGAUAGAUGCCACUGGACGACUUCAGCAGAUGAUCUGUCCUCAACAUGAGAAACUUUUAGAGAUUUACUGUAAAACUGAUCAGCUCUGUAUAUGUCUUCUGUGUAUGAUGGGGAAGCACAAACAACAUGAUACUAUACCAGCUAAAGAAGAGAGGACUAAGAAACAGAAAGAACUGAAGGAGACGCAGAGAAAAUACCAGCAGAGAGUUCAGGAGAGUCAGAAGAAGCUUCAGGAGCUGAGAGAUGCUGUGGAGACUCAUAAGCGCUCUGCACAGACAGCAGUGGACGACACUGAGAGGAUCUUUACUCAACUGAUCCAAACCAUUGAGAGAAGACGAUCUGAGGUGACACAGCUGAUCAGAGAUCAGGAAAAGACUGCAGUGAGUGAAGCUGAAGGACUCUUGAAGCGACUGGAGCAGGAGAUUGAUGAUCUGAGGAGGAGAGACGCUGAGCUGGAGCAGCUUUCACACACAGAUGAUCACAUCCGUUUCCUCCAGAGUUUUCAGUCUCUCUCUGUUCCUCCUGGAUCUUCAGACUCACUCAGCAUCACUGUCAGCUCUCUCAUCUCUUUUGAUGAUGUAGGAAAAUCUGUGUCUCACCUGAGAGAGAAACUGAAGGAUUUAUGUAGAGAAGAGAUAGAGAAGAUAUAUGAUAAAGUUACUCCUGAACCUGAGACCAGGGAGCAGUUCCUAAAAUAUUAUCAUCACUUCACUACAGAUACAAACACAGCAUAUAAACAUCUCUGUCUGUCUGAGGGGAACAGAGUGAUUACUUUCACUAACACAGAGCCGUAUCCUGAUCAUCCAGACAGAUUUGAUCAUUUUUAUCAGGUGUUGUGUAGUGAGAGUGUGAGUGGACGCUGUUACUGGGAGGUUGAGUGGAGUGAUGAGGUGUUCAUCUCAGUGUCAUAUAAGAGCAUCAGCAGGAAGGGAGGUUAUGAGUGUUGGUUUGGAUAUAAUGAUCAGUCCUGGAGUUUGCGCUGCUCUCACUCCAGUUGUUCAUUCUAUCACAAUAACAUUGAGACUAAACUCCCAGUAAUGUCCAGAUCUUCUAGAAUAGGAGUUUAUGUGAAUCACAGUUCAGGAUCUCUGUCCUUCUACAGCGUCUCUGACACAAUGACCCUCAUCCACAGAGUCAACACCACAUUCACUAAACCUCUCUAUCCUGGGUUUUAUGUUGAUGGAUCAGUGAAACUGUGUGAUAUAAAGAUAUAGAUGAUACAGAGAGUCUUUAAAUGAUUUUGUUAUAUUAGAAGUCUGAACACGAUGAAUCAACAACAAAUAAAUAGUAAGUCUUUUAUUGACUAAUCAGCAAUUUUAAAUAACUGAUUGUAAUGUUAUAUUUUAAUAAUUGUAUUUUGUCCUGUCAAACAGAGGUAGCUGUACAGUACUUAUUCACAGUUAAUAUUAUUCAUCUACAGUGUAUUCUUUUAUGUGUACAAACCAAUAAAAUGUUAUACAAGCCACUAAACUGUAUGGGUCUGAAUUCAUAAUUAAUCUUAAUUCACUUAUUUUUAAGACAAACAUUUAAUUUUGACAUUUAGUUUGACAUUACUUUAAUCCAAAAUAUACAAUCCUGAAUAUACAAUGGUAAAUUUAUACGAAACAUUUCUAACAAUACGUUUAAAGACUAUCACUAAAGUAAAUUAAUGUCUGAAUUGCAUAUUACUUAAAUUAAAUAAAAUAUAAAAUAAUAAAAUGUUACUUUCAUGCAUUAACUAAUGUGAACCACAAUAACGUCAGUUACUAUAUAUUUUUUUAAUAAAAACAUUCAAAUGAAGAAAUCAUAAAAUACCCAAAUCCAUUCUUACAAGAAGCACAUAGACCACACAGAAAUAAAAGGUCACUAGCCGGGGCAGUACAUUUUUAUAAAGUACACCUU